AUGGCAAAUAAUAUGCAGCUAUCUUUCCUAAACGAGAUCAAACCGCACAAGACUGCUUGGCGCAUUCAAGUUAAGAUCCUCCAUUCAUGGAGAUUCUUCAUGAAAGAUGUUGGUGAAUCAAUGGAACUCAUCCUAAGUGAUGCACAUGGAACAAAGAUCCAUGCCUCAUGUAAGAAAGCCUACAUGGCUGACUUGGCCAAGCAUCAGAAUAAAGAGCCUAAGUUUUUUCAAGAAAGAGCAAUACUCUGUCCAACUAACGAAGAUGUGGAAAAAAUUAAUCAGCACAUGUUGGAUAAGCUUCAUGGUGAGGAAAAGAUCUACUUGAGCUCUGAUUCUAUAGAUCCUUCAGAUAAAUUUUCGGUUAAUGACCAAGCUCUGACUCCUGAUUUUUUAAAUAAAAUCAAAGUUUCCGGACUACCAAAUCAUAGUCUUCGUUUGAAAGUUGGUUGUCCUGUGAUGUUGUUAAGAAACAUUGAUCCAGCUGGCGGGUUAAUGAAUGGGACUAGACUUCAAAUAACAGAGCUGUAUGAUCACAUUAUCAAGGCGAAAGUUAUAACCGGAGACAAGGUUGGUCGAACUGUUCUUCUUCCUAGACUUGCUAUUACACCAUCUGACAAGAAGUUACCUUUUAAGAUGAAGAGGAGGCAACUUCCCAUUGCUGUGGCGUUUGCCAUUACAAUUAAUAAGAGUCAGGGCCAGUCACUCUCAGAAGUUGGUAUUUUUCUACCUAGGCCUGUGUUUUCACAUGGACAACUAUAUGUUGCUAUCUCUAGAGUUACGUCUAAAAGAGGGUUGAAGAUAUUGAUCGUAGACGAUCAAGGCAAGCCGCAGAGACAGACAGUUAAUGUUGUUUACAAAGAGAUUUUCCAGAAUCUCUGA